CCCCAGACACCAGCUCCCUGCGGCUGUGCCGGGCAGAGGCAUUCAUGGCGCUGGGGCAGCACGCGCGGGCACUGGAGGACCUGGACGCCGUGUGCAGGGCUGAGCCUGGACAGCACGAGAUCCGCACACAGGAGGAUGCUUCUCAGCCAUGCACGGCUGCUGGAUGUCCAGAUGAUGCUCACCAGGGCUCGACUGGUACCCAGGUCAAUGGAGGGAGCCAUGCACUCCCAUCCUCUUCUGUGCAAGCUCAGGAUCAGGAGGCAGAGCCAGCAGAUGGCAGAGGGGAUGCUGAGUCUGAGCACGGCCAGAAGACAGCCACCCUGUCCCAGCCGGGGCGACAGCAGGAACCGGAGACUUCAGCAGAAAAGCAGGACCAGUGGUCAGUAGAUAACAAAGAGGAAGCAGCAGCAAAGUGUACCCAGCUGUGCCUCAGGGAGCUGCUGAGCGUAGCUGACUUGGAGUGUUCCCUCUGCAUCCGGAUGUUCUUCGAGCCGGUGACGACGCCGUGCGGGCACACCUUCUGCAAGGAGUGCCUCGAACGCUGCCUGGACCACCGGCCCAACUGCCCCCUCUGCAAACAGAGCCUGAGAGAGUACCUGAAGGCUGGAAGCUACAGCCCCACCGUGCUGCUGCAGGACAUCAUGCUAGCCACCUUCCCUGCACAGCUGGCUGAGCGCCGGGAGCUGCACCAGGCUGAGAUGGCAGAGCUCUCCAACCUGACCAAGAACAUCCCCAUCUUCGUCUGCACAAUGGCCUUCCCAGGCAUCGCCUGCCCUCUGCACGUCUUUGAGCCUCGCUACCGCCUCAUGAUCCGGCGGUGCCAGGAGACUGGCACGAGGCGGUUCGGCAUGUGUGUAUAUGAGAAUGGGAAAAGUUUUGCUGACUACGGCUGCAUGCUGGAGAUCCGGCAGAUUGAGCUGCUGGCGGACGGCAGGUCCUUGGUGGACACCAUCGGCACGCGACGGUUCCGGGUGCUGACCCGCGGACACAGGGAUGGCUACCACACCGCCGACAUCGAGUACCUGGAGGACAAGAAGGUGGCUGGGGAGGAGCUGCAGGAGCUGCAGAGCCUGCACGAAAACACCUACCGCUUGGCGCAGCGGUUCUGCGAGCACGGGGACCUCGCCUCCAGGCACCUUUCCAUGCAGCAUGGACCGCUGCCGGAGAAGGAAGAGGACAUCCAGGCUUCGGCGGACGGCCCGACGUGGUGCUGGUGGCUCAUCUCCAUGCUGCCGCUUGACCCGUCCUACCAGCUGAACCUCUUCUCCAGCACCUCCCUGCGUGCCCGCCUCACCCAGCUGCAGCGCAUCCUCACCGCCCUGCUGCAGCAGCCCCCGUCCGGGCACCCACUGCCCGAGCGCAGCCCCCGGGGCUGCGUCUGA